AGAGAGUACGAGCUGGGAGAAUCAGGUAUACACUGUCAUAUACGUUCAUAAUUACGGUGCCUACAUUUCGAUACUAUUUCAUUAAGUGAUUUUUUACGGAUGGUAGAAGUUAAAUUGUGUUUUUGAUUAUAAAAUUUAUUUGGUAUACACGAGUGUCAAAACUAGCAAUUUGGUAACAAAAUGGUUAUGGUUGCUAAAACUUCCGGGCCACAAUUAGAACAACGAAUUCAAUGUAUAAAAUUUACUAUUUUCUGCUUGAAUGCCAUUAUAUGGUUACUUGGAAGUGCAAUGUUGGGAUUGUGUAUGUGGCUAAGAUUGGAUCCAAGUUUCCAGGAAUGGGUCGAGUUUCUUGAGAUAUACGAAUUUUACAUCGGCAUUUAUAUCUUACUUGCGGCUUCGAUAUUCAUCAUAGUUAUAACUUUCGUCGGCUGUGGGGUUGCUCUAAUGGAGCAUAUCUUUGGCCUUUACAUUUAUGUAGGUCUGCAAUUAUUUUCCUACAUUCUCGGCAUAGCAGGGACCGCAGUGCUCCUCGAUUAUUCCACCUACGACAGUAAAAUUCAACCGCUUAUACGACGAUCUAUGACUGCCCUUAUUAAUAACUACCAUGAUGAAAGAACAACAUACAUUUUACAAUUAAUUCAAGAAAGUAUCGGUUGCUGUGGUGCCGAUGGUCCGAUGGAUUAUUUAACCUUGAGAAAACCACUACCCACUGAAUGUAGGAAUACAGUUACUGGAAAUGCUUUCUUCUACGGGUGUGUAGAAGAGAUUUCAUGGUUUUUGGAAGGCAGAUCGGGUUGGCUGGCCGGUUUAGCGUUGGCUCUAUGUAUGCUCCAUAUAAUAAUAGCCGCUCUUAGCUUAACGCUAGUCAGAGCUAUUAAGCGGGAGGAACAAUACGUCACGUUUAAACGCUAAGAAAAAUAUUAAAUUGACUGAACGUCAAUUUUCAUCGUAUAAAUUGUACACAUGCAUGCAUUCCAUUAAGCCUUAUAUACAUACGUAUUAACUAAAAUAUAAUAAUCAUUUCGUAAGUUGAAAUGUAUGCUCAUGAAAUACAUACAUAUAUGACAAAGUGGAUUGAGAUAAAUUAAAACGAAUUCAAUACGAUAAUAUGUUUGAGAAA